AUGACGCCGUCAAUUGAACAAAUUAUCUUUUUUAACAAGCACCCAUCUUCCUGCCGCAUUUUCAUCAUCGGAGGCGGUAUAGUCGGCGCUUCGCUGGCCUAUUUUCUUUCCAAAGAAGAAAGUGAUCGUCAGAUCGUUAUCAUUGAUAAAUGUUUCGAGAAGCUGCUAGGGUCUACGGGCCAUGCUCCAGGCUUUGUUGGACAGCUCAAUGAGUCGCCCGCAUUGACAAGUCUGGCGAAGGAUACAGUCUCCGAGUAUCUCAAGAUUCCGGGUGGAUUUAACGUUGUGGGGGGCUUGGAAGUUUCAUCAACGCCUUCUGGCGUCGAGACGUUACAUCACCGACGAGAUCUUGCCCUAACAGCUGGUCUGCCAGCCGAAAUCAUUACGCCAGACGCAGCAGCCUCCCUUGCUCCCGAUUUUAUUCGGUCCAGUACUAUUACAGCCGGUCUUCAUUUCGCAUCAGACGGAACCGCAAAUGCACAAGUCAUUACAUCCUAUUACCUCCAACAAUCUCAGGCCAGAGGCGUGAUUCUUCUCGAAGCCACUGUAACCGGCUUUGAAAUCAAGGAUGGCCUGACAAUAGCCAUCCAGUCAUCGGCGGGGGAAAUAGCUCUACAUGGCAGCCCCAUUGUCCUCGCUACAGGUAUCUGGACAUCGUCGUUGGCAAGCAGUGCUGUUCAAUCACCAGUUCCAAUCGUUCCAGUGGCACAUCCUUAUACCUUUACACCUCCCCGACCUCCUAGAUCCGGAACACCAUACCCAUUUGUUCGGUGGCUAGACCACCACGUUUACGCUCGGGAUCAUGGAGAUCGCGAUGGCCUAGGUAGUUACGAUCAUCCUCCAAUCAGUUUGAGCCCGGACAAGACAGCAAUAGGAGCCUGGCCAUCCGCUUUCGACGGGGUCCUAUCAGAAGCUACCAUGUGCUUGAAAAAUGGGGAUAAGUUCCUCGUCAAAGGAUACAGUGAUGAUACGGAUGAGAAGCGCCCGUUCAAUGGUAUAUUCUCCGUGACUCCUGACAAUCUUCCCCUGGCUGGGAAAGUACCUGGAAACUCUAAUCUAUGGCUUUGUGCCGCAAUUUGGGUUACUACCGCUGCUGGUACGGCGAAACUGGUAUCGAGAAAAAUCCUCGAAGGGAGCGAGCGUCUGACUCUAGAAGACAAGAAGCUCUUAAAUGCACUCAGCCCUGCGCGCUUUCGGGGAUGUGAGACAAUCACACUUGAAACUCAAGCCUUGGCGAAGUAUAACGACAUAUAUAAUAGGGAAACUUGA